UCCAAAUUCCAUCUGCCCACUUGCAUUAAUAUCGCCUCCCUCCUUAGAUUGUCAAACUCAAGAUUUGAUAGAGGAAAAAGCUCAACUCACACCAUGGCCUUUCCAAAAUCAAAUCUUUUUCACACCGUAAUUGUAUUCUUCCUCUCAAUCCAAUUCAAAGUAUUGUGCAGCACUUACCAAGUUGGAGGCUUAGCUGCUUGGGGCAUUCCAUCCUCUUCCAACCCAAAAGUCUACACAAAUUGGGCCACCAAAUACGAUGGCCUCAACAUAGGAGAUUCUCUAUUUUUCUUGUACCCUCCAAGCCAAGAUUCAGUGAUCCAGGUGACAAAGGAAUCCUACGAGAGGUGCAACCUCAAAGAUCCGAUCUUGUACAUGAACAAUGGCAACUCCCUUUUCAACAUCACAGAAGUGGGCAAUUUCUACUUCACCAGCGGCCGAUGUGCCAAAUCUCAGAAGCUUCACAUUUUCGUUUCUGGGAAUGGAUCCUUCGUUGAAGACGACGACCCGGCUUCUGCGCCCUCCUAUCCCACGGUUUUCGGCGCCAUUCCGGUCCAGGCCGCCUCUGCAUCGCCGUCGCUUCAGAUCCCGGCUUUCAUGGCUUCAGUUUUGUUGGCUGCCCUUGCGCUUGUUAUGUAUUGAUUCAUCCAUUUUGUUUGUUGAUAAUUCAAUUUUACUCUUCGGAAAACGGACCAAAUCUUUGAAAAGAGUUGAGAGAUCUGUCGGCACACAUUUUUGUGUAAAGAGAAAUUCUUUAUUGGUUAAAUGUAAAGGAAGCUUAUAAUUCUCAAUGAAAAAGAUGUGUCGGUUUAA